GGUGAACAACUACCCAACAUGUCUGCUAUUUCUAGAUUGGAUGGAAAAGUCGCAUUAAUUACAGGGGCCAGUUCUGGUAUUGGGGCAGGGACAGCCAUUUUGUUUUGUAAACUUGGUGCAGAGGUAGCCAUCACCGGCAGAGAUGUGGACAAUUUGAACAAAACAGCUGCCGAGUGUGAAAAUGAAAAUGAAAAAAAACCGUUUACUCUUAGCGGUGAUUUGACAAAGGAAGAUUUUGUGAAGAGACUUGUGGAAGAAACAGUAAAGCAUUAUGGAAAAUUGGACAUCCUGGUCAAUAAUGCGGGAAUAUGGAGACCUGGAAGUAUUGAAACAACACUGGAGCAAUUUGAUGAAAUCAUGAACACUAACGUCAGAGCGAUAUAUCAUCUGACUAUGCUUGCAGUUCCUCAUCUGGUCCAAACAAAGGGAAACAUUGUUAACGUAUCAAGUGCUGUGUCCUUUAGAUCAAUUGAAGGAAUGUUGCCAUACUGUAUGUCCAAGAGUGCCAUAGAUCAGUUUACUAAAUGUACUGCGAUAGAGUUGUCCCCAAAGCAGGUCAGGGUAAACAGUGUAAACCCUGGUUUGCUUGCCACUGCUAUAUUCAAGAGAAGUGGAUUGGAUGAAGAAUCCUGUCAGAUGAUUCUGGAAAGUGCCAAAAUAACGCAUGCGCUAGGACGACUUGCCCACGUGGAGGAAGUGGCCAAUGGGAUAGCUUUCCUGGCAUCUGACAGUGCUUCCUAUAUUACCGGUGUGCAGUUUCUUGUAGAUGGAGGUUUUCAUAUCAAUCAAUCACAAUAGAUAGAUAUUAAUAAAGGAAUAACAUAUUGUCGAAGACACUUAGACAUGAAAAAUAACGAUGAAUAUGUAUUAUGUAUUUUGAACUCUCUACAUGAGUAAUUUUGUAUUUCUGGAUCAAUAUAUAAUACUAACGAAUUUCGUAAACAUGUAUAACAGUUCACAGAUUUUGAAUACUUGUAUUAAACGUGAAAUAUAAUAAAGAGGUUUGCAAAUUC